GCGAUUUUGCGCGUCCCCGUGACUCUCGCCAUAGAAAACAAAGCUGAACGUCUUCCAUAACAGCUAGGGGUGCAGACUUGAGGACUAUUCAACAUUUAUACUGGAUACAUCGCGCUGAAUAUGGAUUUACAGUGGGUGUAGCAUCGUUGGAGACCGAGCCUUCUCGGCUGGGGUGACGGCAGGACAUUAGCGAAACCGACCAAAAUAACAUCAGUGUUUUUUUCUCGGGGUGCUUUGUCUUGUCCACCUAACGAUAGCAAACCAUCAUUCCCGUUUCAAUUGCAAGACAUUCAGCUAGUGAUUACUAGCUGCUGCCGGGAUGUAUCACCAUGUUGUCACCUAAAAGUAACUGCUAGGACGUCGGAUUGGUGAAGGAAAAGCAGAAAACCUUUCCUAGGUCCCAACGGGUUGUCACCGGGACCUGAAUCUGUGUUAGCCACAGUCGCGGAACCCACUGUUUUCGGCGAUAUGGCGGAGCAGGGCUACUCAUCUUGGGCGUACUCCCUAGUUGACUCCAGCCAGGUGUCCACCUUCCUCAUCUCCAUCCUUCUCAUUGUCUAUGGCAGCUUCAGAUCAUUAAACAUGGAUUGUGAGAACCAGGAGAAGGAUAAAGAUGGUAACCCUUCAACAACGGGGUCUUUCAAUAACAGCAACACAAACAACAGUAUUCAGACUAUAGACUCCACACAGGCUCUGUUCCUGCCCAUUGGAGCUUCUGUGUCUCUGCUAGUCAUGUUCUUCUUCUUUGACUCAGUACAGGUGGUCUUUACCAUCUGCACUGCAGUUCUUGCAACAAUUGCAUUUGCAUUCCUCUUGUUGCCAAUGUGCCAGUAUCUUACCAGACCCUGUUCCCCACAGAACAAGAUUUCCUUUGGCUGCUGUGGGCGUUUCACUCUGGCCGAGCUCUUGUCUUUCUCCCUCUCUGUAAUGUUGGUGCUCAUUUGGGUGCUGACUGGACACUGGCUUCUUAUGGACGCUUUAGCCAUGGGCUUGUGUGUUGCCAUGAUCGCCUUCGUGCGGCUGCCCAGUCUGAAGGUGUCUUGCCUGCUGCUGUCAGGACUGCUCAUUUAUGAUGUGUUUUGGGUGUUCUUUUCAGCCUACAUCUUCAAUAGUAAUGUGAUGGUCAAAGUGGCCACCCAACCUGCUGAAAAUCCCAUAGACGUCCUAUCGAGGAAGCUCCAUUUGGGGCCAGGGAUGGGCCGCGAUGUCCCCCGCCUCUCCUUACCUGGCAAACUGGUCUUUCCCAGUUCCACAGGAAGUCACUUCUCAAUGCUGGGGAUCGGUGACAUUGUGAUGCCGGGCCUGCUCUUAUGCUUCGUCCUACGUUAUGACAACUAUAAGAAACAAGCCAAUGGGGAGGUCCCAGGACCUGGAAACAUGUCAGGACGCAUGCAGCGCGUCUCCUAUUUCCACUGCACUCUCAUCGGAUACUUUGUGGGUCUGCUGACUGCCACCGUAGCCUCCAGGAUCCAUCGUGCUGCUCAGCCUGCUCUGCUCUACCUGGUGCCCUUCACCCUGCUGCCUCUGCUCACUAUGGCCUAUCUGAAGGGGGAUUUGCGGCGCAUGUGGUCGGAGCCCUUCCAUGCCAAGACCAGCAGCUCCCGCUUCCUGGAGGUAUGAUGCACCCUGGGAUAAAAGACCAGCGCGGGGUGAACUGCGGAUCCUUACCCUUAAUUAGAGGGAAGGAGAGAGGGCGCACUCACAGUGAGGCCAUGUCGUCAUCACUUGUUCAUGCUUUCCGCCAAUCUUCUGUGAAAACCCUCAGAAGGACACCAGUGUGGAUCACAACGCCCCAAACACGACUCAUCCUCGGUCCCUCUGCAUCCUCCCCCGUUUCAUUGCUGCUUCCUCUUCUCUGUUUAUUUCCUCUUCAUUACAGCACAUCCUGCAUGUGCUGUUUUUGUUCUCUUCCCCCCUCCCUCCAUUUUUUCCUUUUUCCUUCCUACUGUAGUUCUGCUGUAGUCAGCCUCAUUCGCCACUUCGUCCUAUGGCCCGCUCCAUUUGUCAGGCCUCUUCUCUCUGCGUUUUCCUUCUUUCUCUAAAUCUUUACUUUCCUCUGCAUCUCUGUACGUCACCCACACAGAUGAACUUGAGAACCAGGCCUCCCCCCCUCCCCUUUUUGUGGACUUACAGUUGUGAGACAUGGCUGGGGUUUAUAUAUAUUUUUUUAGCAUUGUCGUGGUCCUUAUUAUUAUUAAUAUUAUUAUUAUUAUGGAACGAUUUAAACAGACGUACAGCGGAGAGGAGGCAGAGUGUUGCUGUGGCACUGGACGGUGCUCGGGAAGAGCCCCCACCCCCCCACCCCACCCCUCCAUCUGUGUCCCUCCUUCCCCCUGCCCAUCAUCAGACCACAGUGGCUUCUCCCUAGCACUCCCACCCCACUCUGACACUCCUCGCGAGCCUGACUCCCCCUCCUCUUCGUCCUCCUCCUAGUCCUCCUCCUCCACUCUGUUCAUCUGCUGUCCCCAUUCCCCACCCUCACAGAUAACUAUGUAUUUUAUUUAGAAAAGUUUUAUUCUUGGCAUAUACAGAAAUGAUGCAUUAUAAAUUGUUAAGCUGCCCCCCAUGUUGAAGGGGCCGCUUCUAUUUGUAUAUAUGUGUACAUGUAUUUGCGGUAUUUUGAGUUUGUAUUUGUGUUCGGGAGCAUGUUUGAAUAGGGUGGGAAACUGAAGCCAGCCAGCAGCCAAAUUCUGGUCAAUUUGGAAACUGAUCAGUGUCACAUCAGUCGCUGAUAAAUUCUGGGGUGGAAAAAAACAUCUGCACUGGUGGCUGGUUGACGAAAAGGUUAGUUUCCUGCUCUAGUGUUAAAGUGUGUGUGUGUGUGUGCGCGUGCGUGCCUGCGUGUGUGUGUGUGUGUGUGUGUGUGUGUGUGUGUGUGUGUGUGUGUGUGUGUGUGUGGGAGAGUGACACAGAUGAGUAAAUGGUUGUUUUACUUGGUUUUAAUUUGAAAUUAUGAACAUGUUUAAAACAGUGACAAUAGUCAGGUUUCCAUUCACUUGGGCAUGUUGCAAAAACACAUGACAUGUUUAAUGGAAGCAAGUCUAAUCUUAUAAAUAAUUAACAUUCAUUUCCAUCAGGGGUCAGUUUUUAUUUUCUCUCCAGACAGGUGGAAAUGCAACAGUGUUUGUUUUUUCUUUUCUUUUUUUUUUUGAAAUAAAUGAAUGUUGAAUGAAUUUUAAAGUUGCUAUGUCACUUUUCAUCAUGAAGCCACACGUUGCUGGGUUUUUUACUGAAUUUCUGCACAAGUAAAUUUACACGUUUAUGAAAACACUAAAAUCAUCUGAAUGCAGAUUUCUCAAGCCUAUAAAAGUCUGAGCAUGACUAUAUCAAAUCCAUUUUUUAUAUUUUGACAAAAGGACAGCUCAGCGGAAACAAACAGCACAUCUUAUUUGAACUUUAUAAAUGUCAGUGUUUCACCUCAGUUGAUGAAGACCUGACUAUUGUGAGUUUUUCUGGACUCAAAGACAUGAAGAGGACUUAACUGUGGUUAGAUUUGUAUGUAGUUGCAGAUAAAACUGGGUGGACAGUUCAGUGUGUGCUUGUGUGUGUGUGCCUGAUCAAAUAGCAUUACCUUCACAAAGUCUGUUUGGACCUAGGGAGGGGAGAGAAUCAGUGAUGCCCUUCAGAAAUCGAUCAUGAAAUUUAGAAAAAUAACGCUAACCCGUAGGAUGUUUUUUACUGUCACCAUUCGGUAUCCGAGUCUUUAUUUUUUCUUUGUCCUUUCGACUGUUUUGUGGUGCUUGUCAGUUAACAGCUAAUGUAUACUGGAAAAAGUGUGAGUGAGGAAGUCAGAGAUGUAUGCACAAUGCAGUUUUCUGGCGUUUUGGUUGUUUUUUUGUUUUGUUUUUUACUUUUUUAUGCUAUCUGGCCGUGCAUGUUAAGUGUACAGUGUAUCAUUUCUCAGACUGCAUUAACAGGGCUACUGCAGUUUUGAGUCUCUGCUGGCCAACAUUGAGGCACUGGACCUAUGAGCUUGCGUCAGCUGGUGGGACAAAAGCUUCAGGUCAGAAAGACUGCGAUUGGACAGCACUGACCUCCUCUGACUGAUGGAUAUUAUGAACUGAAUGCUGCCGGGUCAGGCCUGCCGCUCCGUGCAGUUAUGGAAGCUUGGACAUCGUGGAACCACAACACCAAACUCUCACUUCUUCAUGGACAGCAAGAAAAUAUAUAGAUUUAUAUACAUAUAUAUACAUAUAUACGUAUAUAUAUGUGUGUGUGUAUAUGUGUAUAUAUACAUAUAUAAAUAACUGAUUAUGAUUAUGGUGAUAAAAUAAAACAAGUAAAUUUUUAUAGGAAAUGGAUUUCUUUUUACCCCAUUGUUUGUAAAGUUUUUUUCUUUAGUGCUUUAGUUUUUGUUUUUUUUCCACCUCUUCUCCCACCCAGCAGAGGACUCCAGCUCUGUUGGUGCAUUGAUAUUAUGGCUGAAUGGAUUCUGUAUAGAAAAAUGGUGAAUAAAUAAAUUAAGAACUGUGUAGUGAAACAUGAAUCCUGAAGCGCUUGAUCUAAACACUUUGUCUCCUUUUAACCCCUCCUCCCUGUGCCCCCCCUUCGUUCAGGAUUCUGCUGUAAAUAAACAUGACUCUAACUGUAA